AUGUCGAACAGCGACAUGCCCUCCAUCUUAUCCAGGUUACGCCCGAACACGAUUUUAGAAGGCGGGUCAGCUGACGGCGCUGAGCCUACGGGUGGAACCAGCAUACGUUCCGGGCCAUCCGGGAACCUGGCGGGCGGAAGAAGCGGCAUGGGAGGCGGCGGCCCGCGGCGCGACAGGCUCACAGGGGGCACUGAGCGGCCUAACCUCGGCAGUAGUGGUGGCAUCUUGAACACCGGGGGAACCAGUGGCAUGGGUGGUCCACCUCGUAGUUUAAGAGGUUGCUUCAUUUUCGAUGUGCCUGGGGGCACUGCAAGAUCAUCGACAUGA